AUGCACGGCGGCGUCGGAGUCAUCCCGGUGCAGAUGCAGUGGAUCGAGCUGCAGGACAAGCUGGUGGACGGCGAGCGGUUCGCAUCCAUCCGUUAUCUGAAUGGAAGGAAACACCGCCUUGAUGGCCUGGUGAUGGUGUGUUGUCUAGUCUUCGCGGCCUUGGACCAUUCCGGCUUCUCCCAGAAGCUCCAAGAGGCGCUGGCCCUGAUCCUGGAGAAGCGACCCAAGGAUCCGUUGGCGUUUCUGGCAGCUCAUUUCCACAGUUUGGCAUACGGAGGGGACACCAUGUCCCAGGCUUUGUGCUAUGUCUGCCUCAACCAGCCAGGAUCCUGUCACUUUGCGGACAACAUUUCUUGUGCCUACUCCAUUCUGGAGCGGGGAGCUGGUGGUCGUCGAGGUACAGUUUCUGGGAGCUGUGUCGUUCUGUGA